AUGAUGAAUUCGAGGACUCAAGAAUGGAAAUACCUUCCCACGUCUCAACCACCUGCCGCUCUGCCACAGCCCUCUGGCUCCACGUUUGCCUGCGGUAUAAAAGAAGCCUGCCAGAGCAAAAUUUCAACAUUCUUUCCUGCUUCCAGCAUGGAAAUUCAAUGGCAAUCUAAGAGUCAAAUUCCGCAGAUAGCCCUAGAAGAUCUAUCAAGAGGUGGUCUCAAAUCAACGGCUCAAAAUUUGGAAGCAGGUUUUGUCGAGGUUGCGGAACCGCAGUUGAUUCAGGCAGGGAUCUCGGCAAAGGAGUAA